CAGAAACCUCUUUAAAGUAGUAAAGCUCCAUGUGAGUGAGUUGAGGGAGGGAGGGAGCUUAGGCAUAGCCAGGUAGUGUUAGUGCUGACCAGAGACAGCUCACCGCCGCGUUUUCUCUCUCGCUUACUCUUUUCUCUUUGCUUCCCAACCAAUAUUCACUUCGGUGCCAAAUCUUGAGCGGUGGCCAAGCAAGAAAACUUGCUGCUGAAAACAAAUAUGGAUUCUUCCUGCUUUAGAUCUCUAUCCAAAUUUACAGCAUGUGCCAUUGUGGUGCUACUUUCCCUUUCUUGCUUCAGCUUUACCACGACAGAAGCUUAUGAUGCACUUGACCCAAACGGGAACAUCACGAUCAAAUGGGACGUUAUAACUUGGACGCCAGAUGGCUAUGUGGCUGUUGUCACAAUGUUCAACUUCCAGCAAUAUCGGCACAUUCAGGCACCAGGUUGGACUUUGGGAUGGACAUGGGCAAAGAAAGAAGUCAUAUGGAGUAUGGUGGGAGCCCAAACUACAGAGCAAGGUGAUUGUUCAAGAUUCAAAUUGAACACACCACAUUGCUGUAAGAAAGACCCAACGGUAGUUGACUUGCUUCCUGGAACGCCUUACAACCAACAAAUAGCAAAUUGCUGCAAGGGAGGUGUGAUUAACUCAUGGGUUCAAGAUCCAGCAACUGCUGUUAGUGCUUUCCAAGUUAGUGUUGGUUCUUCAGGAACAACCAACAGGACAGUUAGGAUGCCUAAAAACUUCACUUUAAAAGCACCUGGACCUGGAUAUACAUGUGGACCAGCUAAAGUUGGUAAACCUACGAAAUUUUCCACCGCAGAUGGAAGGAGGACAACACAGGCAAUGAUGACAUGGAACGUUACGUGUACAUACUCUCAGUUCUUGGCUCAGAAAACUCCGAGUUGCUGUGUUUCACUCUCAUCGUUUUAUAAUGAUACCAUUGUACCGUGCCCAACUUGCACGUGUGGCUGCCAAAAUAAUGGUUCUCAUCCAGGGAGUUGUGUAGACGCUGAUGCGCCACAUCUAGCUUCAGUUGUUUCAGACCAUGGGAAGAGCAACAACUUAGCACCUCUUAUCCAAUGCACGAGUCAUAUGUGCCCAAUUCGCGUCCACUGGCAUGUGAAAGUCAACUACAAGGAAUAUUGGCGGGUUAAGGUCACAAUAACAAACUUCAAUUACAGAAUGAAUUACUCACAGUGGAAUUUAGUCGUCCAACACCCCAACUUUGAUAACCUGACUCAGAUAUUCAGCUUCAACUUCAAGCCAUUAACUCCUUAUCAAGCUAUAAAUGAUACCGCCAUGCUUUUUGGAAUUAAGUUCUACAAUGAUUUCCUCAUGGAAGCUGGUCCUUAUGGAAAUGUACAGUCAGAACUUCUAUUCCGGAAGGAUAAAUCAACUUUCACAUUUGACAAGGGUUGGGCUUUUCCUCGAAGAAUCUAUUUCAAUGGAGAUAACUGUGUAAUGCCGCCUCCGGAUUCUUAUCCGUAUUUACCCAAUGGCGGUUCUCGACGAGAUAUCUCCAUUGUUGUGCUAGUGACCGCUCUUUUGUCAUCUAUUGCAUUCUUCUUUACUUGUCUUUAAGAAUGCUGCAUUUCUAGCAGUAGCUUAAGCAGCUGUGUCAAGCCUGCAGCUGAGGGAGCCCAAUUGAAGAGUCGACACCGCAUCAAAGAUGUCUAGGAAUGCAUAGCUGCCAAGUGCAUAAAUUUGGAAAAACCAUCGGUUUCAUCUUCUUCUUACAGCAAAGAUUGGUGAACACACUGCCAACCUCCUUUUUGUGACAGUUCGUGCCAUGCCAUGUUUGUUGUACCACGUUGUAUUGUUUAUAGUUUUUUAGUUCUUAGUGUUAAUAAAUACCACUCGAGGACAUAUAUAGCUGAUAGCAAAGAUGAUUUUGACUUGUAUUUUUCAGCUCUCUGCUCUUGUUUUCUUGACAUUGUCUACAUAAUAGAGCCAUUCAGAAGAUAAUGCACGCUUGUAGUACCUUAA